UACUGCUUGUAAGGAAGCCAAAUUCUGUUAAUCAUAUUAAUUGGGAAUGCUUUUAACCCUUUUUCACUCAACUUCAACCAACAAUCAGUAACAAACAUAUAUUGAAAAUUUAAUGUAAUUAUAGUGCUUAUUAUCUGUAAUUGUUUUAAUUUCAGACUAUUCAUGAUGACAACUUCACAUAAAUUUCCUCUACCACUUCAUGUUCACCAUCAAAACAAUUUUAUUUCCCCUGUAUUAUAUUUUAUCAUGAAAAUACAGCAAUAUAAACGAAUUUUUAUAUGUAUUGGUGGUGCUAUCCUGCUACCUAUUAUUAUUCCUUAUAUUCACUUGGGAAUAGUAUAUCAAUUAUGGGAUAAAUAUACAAUGAAAGUAAAUAGAGAAACAUGUUCUUGUUCUUGUUGGGAUACAGCAUUUAAAGGUAAGUGUACAUACAUCAAGAUGUCUUUUACAGUGUAUGUACUGAUGGUUAUUGUAGAGCAUACUCAAGUGGAGUACUCUGUAACUUAUACAACAAAUGAUUCUGCUUUUCUUGCUGUUAUGACUACUGAACAUGGGGUGGGUAUACAUACAUUUACUGCCAUUGUUAAAGAUGUAAAUAAUCCAGUUACUCCAAGAAAAUUACUUAUCAUCAUGGAUAUUGCCAUUCUUCAUAUUGUUGCAAGUGGUUCUGAUCAAUUUGUGGCCAACGUUUUGAGAAGAGAAGGAGAUCUUCAUCAAAUUUUAAGAGAUGUAGGAUUCAUGAUUCCAGAUUUAUUACAUGUGGCAUUGCCUUUGGCUGAAUUGAUAAAAUAUGCAAAAAAUAUUGGAAUGCAUCCAGCUCAUUUAAUUAGUAAUACUGAUUUUAUUGGUUCUUUAUUAUUUAUAUUUUCAUUUUGGUUGAUAUGUGUAAAACUUUGAAUAAAAUAAU